AUGUCUGUUUCUACUACCGACGCUCAGGCUCUGGCCGAAAAGGCCCAGCUCAAGGUUCAGAAGCGCAAGCGCUUCCAGGCUGUCUUCCCUCUUCUCGUCGAGGAGCUCACUGCCUAUCUCGCCUCUGAGAACAUGCCCGCCGAGGCUAUCGAUUGGUUUCAUCGCAACCUCGACUACAACGCUCCUGGCGGAAAGCUCAAUCGUGGUCUAUCAGUCGUAGAUACAGUCGAAAUCCUCCUCUGCACAGAUGCUUCCACUGGCAAGCUCUCCCGUGAGCUCACGGAGUCCGAGUAUCUCAAAGCAGCUAUCCUCGGCUGGUGCAUCGAACUUCUUCAGGCUUACUUUUUGGUCGCCGAUGAUAUGAUGGAUGCAAGUGUCACUCGUCGUGGCCAGCCUUGCUGGUACCGUGUCGAAGGUGUGGGCAACAUUGCCAUCAAUGACGCCUUCAUGCUCGAAGCUGCCAUCUACUUCUUACUCAAGAAACACUUCCGCUCGGAGCCCUACUACGGCAUGCUUCUCGAGCUCUUCCACGACGUCACCUUCCAAACCGAACUCGGUCAGCUGAUUGAUCUCAUCACUGCUCCCGAAGAUUCUGUAGACCUGUCCAAGUUCUCUUUGCAAAAGCACCACCUCAUCGUCGUCUACAAGACGGCAUUCUACUCGUUCUACCUUCCCGUCGCUCUUGCCAUGCGCAUGGCCGGUGUCACCGACGAGUCACUCUACAAGCAGGCUCUCAACAUUCUCCUCCCCAUGGGCGAGUACUUCCAGGUCCAGGACGACUUUCUUGACUGCUACGGUACCCCUGAGCAGAUUGGCAAGGUCGGCACCGACAUUUUCGACAACAAGUGCUCUUGGAACAUUAACGUUGCUCUUCAGAACGCUACACCGGAACAGCGCCAGAUUCUCGACGACAACUACGGCAAGAAGGACUCUGAAUGCGAGAAGCGUGUCAAGGAUAUCUACAACCAGCCCAACAUUGACCUCCGCGCCCGCUUCCAGAAGUACGAGGCCGAGUCGUAUGAGCAAAUCAACAACCUCAUCAACAACCUUCCUGAAUCGCAAGGUCUUCGUCGAGAGGUCUUCCGCUCUUUUCUUGCCAAGGUCUACAAGCGAUCCAAGUAG